GCGAAAGAGUCGGUUCUUGAAAAGUCAUCGGCGCUCGUUAAUGGUCAAAGUCGAAGGUGAGUGCCCGUGUAAUCGUUGAGAGAAGAAGCUGAGGACCACGACCGCUCUUGUUUAGAAAAUAGCAUAUCAUCCUCCCUAUCGUCGCACGUUUUAUCGUUGCACCUACAGGGCCCCAAGUUGAACCUAUCAUAUUCACAUCACAAAGCUCUACACAAUCGUAUCAUAAUGUCAUCGAUUAUUUUAUCGCUACAUUCAGCAUCGUCGCACCACGUCGAGAACACAUUUCGGGCUAUACGUCGCACACGGUAGGACCGACGAGUACAUGCAUGUAGUUCGUGAAAAGUACUAAAACUUGUUUGAGGGACUGCUCGUGAGGAUUGCUCAUCCACGAUAUUUUUUGUGAAUUCAAUGAAUGAUUUUCAUCUCACAAACACGAAAACAUUGCCUAGAUUUUUUUGUUUCGAGAACGGAGGAGAAGCAACUACAUCGCGGUAACAAUAGGCUGACUGUUAGCUUAGCAGCUUGUAGCCCGCUGUAGCAGAAGAGUGUCAGAAGACGUACUUCUAGGGAAAUCAGAAUAAAAAACUUCGUUGCGAACAAUUUUUGCGAAGAGUUAUUCACAAGGAGAAUUCAUAAGUCGAAACGCAUCAUAUGCAUGCUCGCAGUAAACAGAAUAGAACAUCAGAUACCGACAGACCAGCACGGGAAGAAGUCCUCCUCGAUUGAAAACAAGAGAGCAAUCGCCGACGAAACAAGAAAUAGAUUAUCAAAAUCAUGUCUAGCAGUCAGCCACCGGUCGGAACCGGCACGCCGACCGCUGGCGGACCCGUAGAACCGUUAGUCUCUGUGAAAUCUGCCAACGUCGUCGCGUCUAGCAGUCGAGCGACGAACACGACGACAGCGACCUCCAGCACCGAGGACCACCGACACUCUUCGUCUCUGAAUUCCGUCGACAGCCUGGUCGGGUCCAACACCCCCCACGCCAUGUCACUGCAGCAAGCCGUCGACUUGGAGCAGCAGGCGGAGAAGCUGCAGGCGCAGGCGGCCGCCAUGCAGCAGCAGGCCGCGGAGGUGCGGGCGCAGCAGCAGAAGGCAGAACGGGAAAUGAAGAAAAGGAGGUCGAGCACCAGCAGCAACGGCGAUUCAUCGGGAGCAAAUGCAACGUCCGGCGUGGUGGUAGGUUCCGGGACGCCGAGCUCCUCCACGGCGCUACCGCCGAGUAACGUGCUGGACUCUGUCAGCGGUGGAGGUGGAAGCAACAGCAACAACGUUCUGGGCAGUGCUGCAAACGCGGGUGGAGGCUCCUCCAGUGGAAACAACAAUAGUAGCAGCAAUAACCCUAUGGAUUGUAAAAAUGUCUGGGUCUGGAAGGAUGCAACUUCUGAUGCUGUCUUCGGAUUCUAAGAAAAUCUGUGUUGCAUGACUAGCAAGAGGAUUCGACUUUGUGCUACACGAUGAGGGCAUUUGUCAUGCAGGAUACGCAUCCGAAAGCUCGCAAAAAAUUUCUGAUGCUAGGGCAUGCAUCACAGACAUCAGGAGUCAUGCAAAAUGUGCAUGACAAAUCUCGGAAUCUUCCAGACCCAGACAUUUUUACAUUUGAUAAACCCGUCCAGCAUGAUCACCGGAGAGCCGGUGGAGUCGUCGCACAGCAAUAUCUUGUGUAAAAACGUCCCCGCCCCAUAGUCAAGAUGGCAAAUCUGCUAGACAAAUCCACAGGGCUUGGCUGUUGCGCAUGACAAGUUUGGCCACAUAGUGCAAGACUGUUUAGCUAGUUUACCAGCAUCACGAAUCCAGCCUAUAAUGCUGAUUGAAGCGUGAAAAAUUCCGAAACGCGACUAGAGAAUGCUUCUCAUGGGGCUCCGCAUGAGAAACGUCUUCAGCAUGCAGAAUUGCAUUACAGCUAUCAGGUGGGGACGUUUUUACAAAUGAUAAGCAAGCACCGGAGUUCCUCUACGGGGUCGGGCGUCGGUUCACCCGAUCGGGAGUUGAACAAAAGUGAGCGGAGAAGAAGACGAGGCGACAUGACGGAAGACCCCUCCGUCGGGAAUAACUCGAAGAGCAAAAGCAGCUCGUCGCAGGAUAAAAGAGUACUUUGUUUUAUUUUGGGAAUACUGGUUCUGGUGAUGUCGUCCUCCGUUUUGUACAUCGUUUGAACUUGUCUCUUUUUAAGCAUGAACGAGAGAAGGAGAAGCGCAGUUCGUUGUUUUUACGUAUUCAAGAUCAAGGUUCGUGUGAGAAAUUCCAAUUUUCCAAAGAAAAAAAACUAAAUUUAUCAGCCUCCCAUCUCCGCCACCGACGAGAAAAUCAUCUCCGAAUUGAAAAACGGCCUACCCCCGGCGGUGUCUACGAGUUUGAAGGAUUUCCGGCAGAUGGCGUUGCUCGGGGAGGGCGCUUAUUCCGCGGUGUACAAAAUUUUGCGACUAUCGGACAACAAAAUCUACGCUUUGAAGAAGGUAAAAUUGCCGAAUUUGUCCGAGAAGGAAAAGCAAAACUCGCUGAACGAAGUGCGGCUCCUUGCUUCCAUUCAGCACGAAAACGUCAUCGGCUACAAGGAGUCGUUCUAUGACGACGCGUCGAGGUAAGUACUCGCAGAUAAAAUCUCUAUUGUCGUCCUAUCGGAUUUCAUUGUCAGGCAGCUUGUGCGAAAAGCAAAAGAGAAAUAACGCCAGUGAUGGAUUAUUGUAUGCAUGAGAAAAAACCAAUCAGGUGUUUGUGCAUCAUCACUGAGUACGCAGACGGCGGCGACCUGUUCCAGAAGAUUAGUCACCACCAGAAAAUGCGAACUUUCUUUCGCGAAGCCGACGUGUGGCACUGCACAUUCGGGAUGUGCCACGGGUAUACUAGCUUUUGCACGUUUGCGAUUUAUGUUUUGAGCAUGAAAUAAAACUGCACGACAAGCAGUGUGCUGUUUUUUGUUGUCACGCAUCACAAUCAUUUUCGUGAACUGCCUCCACAACAGGCUGAAGGCCCUGCACGAGUUGAAAAUUCUCCAUCGCGACCUGAAGUGCGCAAACGUUUUUCUGGGGUCGAAGGGCGAAGUCAAGCUCGGGGACUUGAACGUGUCGAAAGUGGCCAAAAGAGGGUUGUGCAUGACGCAAACCGGCACACCGUAUUACGCCAGUCCAGAGGUGUGGAGGGACAUGCCGUACGACGCAAAAUCGGAUAUGUGGAGCUUAGGCUGCGUCAUCUACGAGAUGGUGGCGUUAAGGUACGUGAUUUGGGGUUUGUUCCAGUUUUGUACUACAAAGGUAAAAAUGAUAAACUAGGUCCUGCUGUUGAUGAGUAUGUACUUCUCACAUGCAUGAAGUGCUCUACUAGCAUGACAACCUAAAAACACGAAGAUGAAAUUGUAACCAAUCAUGUGCUUGUUCAGGCCUCCAUUCCGAGCGGACGACAUGGAGUCUCUGUACCGCAAGAUUCUCCGCGGGCAAUACCCGCGAGUCCCCUCGGUUUACUCCCGGGACGUCAACGAAGUGAUCGCGCUGCUCCUGCAGGUCAAUCCCCGGCAACGCCCGGCGGUGGACGUUUUGCUGCAGUUACCCGUCAUGCAGCGGCACAUCCAUUACGACUCGGCCAGCAGGAAGGGCGGGCCGCGGAACGUACCCACGGAUCUGCUGAACACGAUUAAGAUGCCCAAGGACGCAAACAUGUCCGAGGUGGCAGGGCAGAUGCCCAGGCCAAGGUAUUACUUAUUUAGAGGGAUGAAGAAGUUGUUUGUGUUUCCUGAGUUUUUGCAUGACACCAGAUGCAGUGAGUUUGUUUCCAUCCCCAUCGCGGUAAGUACCAGCAUGAGAAAAUUAAUACCGUUCGAUCACUUUCGUCGAAAAAGAAAAAUCGUAAUAUCAGGUACGAAGAUCCGAUCCCGGAGGAACCAAGUCAGGAGGAAAGAUACCGAAGGUCGAGGCAAUCCCGGCGGCCGAAAGACUCGCUGGACCAAUUGCGAUACAACUUGCAGCAGCAGUCACAACAGCCGCAGCCUCAUAUCAACUGCAAAAGCGUCUGGGUCUGGAAACUUGUAUGUAAUGCUAAAAAUGAAUGAUAGACGCACUGCAUUCCGCGGCUAUGCAUGACAAUUUUUUUGGCUGCCAUGUUUUACGUAUUCCGCAUGGCAAGCUGCGUUUUUGCAUGACACGUAAGAGGGCUUUUUCGUGCCUAUGCAACACAGAUUCUCGAGUCAUGCCAGACAAGCAUGACAAACUUGCAUUCCUCCAGACCCAGACAUUUUUGCAUUUGAUACCUCAACAGGAUUUGCCAGUUGUCCCGGACUAUUUGAACCAAGGCCCGUACCAGAUGAACCCACAGGUAAUAUGAAGUUUCUUAUGCAGGAACAUGCACUUGGAGUAUGUUUUGGCAUGCUUGAUCGCAAUUGACAUUUUAUUCGGCAACCUGAAAACUUUAACAUCAUAUCAGGGUCCGUACCGACAUCUCGGGACGCCAUCUGGAGGGCACGCAGUCUCAAGCAGCCGUCGGCAGGAGGUGCCACAUUCAGGUAUGGUAUGGGAUUUUCUCUCAAAAGAUUUUGGUCUUGCAAAAAUAAUAAAACCAUUGAGCGUUUAUUUCUUUUUUUUCGAAUGCCGAUAUCAAUAUGUUACCCCAGCAGAAAUUUUUACCCAAAAGAACGACCCGGUCCAAAAAAGGUACUGAUGAGAGAGACAGAGAGACUCGUGAGCAUCGUAAUCGGAGCGGGGCUGUCAUGCUCACACCACUCGGGGCGGACCAGCAGGACCGCGCGAGAAAAGUGGAUAACAACACACCUGGGUUCGGUUCGUACAACGGGGAUCCACAGGUCUCGGCCGACCAGCAAAGGCAGCUGCUGAAUUCAAGACAGGGCAACGACGCACUGGUUCGCCAGGCAGGGGGGGAGUACCGGCCUGCAAGCAGUCAGGUGCGGGCAAAUAACGAAACGCCGAGUCGGGAUCAUCCGCGGGAGCCCCCGAAGACCAAUUUGCCAGUUUAUGUGCAGGAAUACGCCGAGGGGGCGAGGGAAAGAAACAACGGCAACAGCAACCGGCCCGGCCGGCCGCCGGCCAUGCCGUCCGCCGUCGACCCGGGGGCGGUGAUGGCGCAGCAGAGGCAAUUAUUGAACCAGCAGCAGCUAAACGGAAAUCGACCAGGGACGUCGAGCCAACGGCCCGGGUCGAAUUCCGGGCCGAGGCCACCACCCAACUACGCGGAGAUGGUGGCGGUCGCUGCUGGGAACAACUACGAGAGAAGAAUGCGGAGAGAUCACGAGUUGAGAGGAGAGCAAGCAGGAGGCUCGUCUGCAGCUUCGAGACGGGUUGACUACAGCCAAGAACCGUCGUCGAGCUCCAACGCCCGGGCGCAGACGCCGGACAACUACGCUGCGCAGCAGCAGCAGAGGCAGCAAGCCGAGCGAAGUAGCAGUAGCUCGAAGCCGCCGCCAGAUAACAUUGUCGGGCCUGAGCGGCGGGUCAGAUCGAGAGAGGAAUUGGAGGUCGCACGACAGGAACUAGAAUUAAGGAGAGCGCAGAGAGACAGGGAACGGAUGGGCUUGGGAACCCCGGGACCAUCAGGAGCUGCAACUGGGAACAAUAAUGAUGCGUAUAACCAACAGCAGAAUGUGCGCAGUAGAGGAUCUUCACAGCAGCAGCACCACGGAGAGAGGGCGCAGACGCCGUCGUCCAGCAGCAAGCAACCGCCCGUGGAUCACUACCCGUUACCGGGCGAAAAUGAGAGUAGAGGCUAUUUCGAGGGAGUCGACGGCUAUCACGUGCAAGAGCGACAUCGUAGGAAUCAGAGUCGAGAUGCAAACAAUAAUUCAAGACAGCAACAAGUGGGUACCCCCUACAACGAUCCCAAUACCUACCAAUCCCCCUACGCACAACAACUCCAAACCCCCCCAGGCUCGCGCGGCGGACCGCAAAUCACGCCGGCGCAGCAGUACCGGAACUACGAAAGGAACUACAACGACGUCAAGCGCCAAGGGCCCAGCGGGUCCGUGCAGUAUCAGGCGUCCGGGUCUGGCGUUGCGAAGCGGUACCCGCACAACCUACCCGCGCUCGCGAACAUGAAGGUGCCCAACAACGGCUACGACCACCGUCCGAACAACAAAGUCCCCGUGUACGAGAAGGUGCACCAGAGCGGCGGCCGGUACCAAAUUUCGAGCUCCCGUCGCGCGCUGCCGGGCACGAAGCAACCACCAUCCAAUUACCAUCGACCAGGGCAGCUGGCGCCGAUGCGGGUGUUCUGA